UUUUGUCCAUAAGAGGGAGUCAAGUUUCUUAUGAACCGGUUUCGCCCACUUUCACAACAGAAGUACUGAGCGCCUUGGCAGGAAAGGGGGGGAAUAUUGCCUGACAACGAUUAUUUUUCUCUCAUAGUGGCUGUGGAAACUCAUAUCUGUAGUUGGAUACUCAGUCGGUAGGUCAGUUCGCCCUUCAGCCUUCGCCUACAACUUUGCCUCCUGCUGCAGCUGAAGAAUAAGCGGGUUCAUGACCACCAGGAAGCUGUUAAUUUCUUCAUACCUGGAUUAACUCGCGGGCUUCUUUUUCCCCCAUUUUUUUUCUUUUACAAUUUUUUUUUAAUUUGCAAGAAAGAGACUUUUUCCUCAGCCAAAAUGUUGUGGAAAUUAGCCGACAACGUAAAAUACGAGGAUGACUGUGAGGAAAGGCACGAUAGUAACAGCAAUGGGAACCCACGGCUGCCUCACCUGCCGGCGGUCAGUCAACACCUCUACAGCCCGUCUACUUCCCUCUCACACUCGGCCAGUUCAGACUUCCAGCCCCCUUACUUUCCUCCUCCCUACCAGCCUAUCUCGUACCCGCAGUCUAGUGACCCCUACUCUCACCUCGGGGACCCUUUCAACAUCAACUCCAUACACCAGUCGCCAUCGUCGAACCAACAGCAGCCGUGGCCUGGGCGGCAAGGCCAGGAGGGGCUCGGCGCACACGGGAGGAGCGGACUCGCGAGUCAGAUCCUAGGCUUGGAGGGAGGCUCGUCAGGGGUUAGGAGGGAAGGGUUCCGCCGACCGGAGCUGCUGUCUCCACACGCUCACAGUCUAGAGUCGUCGGUUAUUGGCGAUAAUAUGGGAAUGCAUGACAUGGGACACGGACUGGAUGAUGUUCAACAAGUAGACGACCACAGUAUAAUUAUGGCAGAUCAGACGGUCAUCAAAAAAGUAUUAGGACUUCGAGGUGGCAGGAACCUUGAUCGCUUACAGAGGACUUAUUAUCAGGGGGGAAUUUUCGCGGGGCCUGUCACUCUGCCUAAAGGAAACGCACUGGGUCUUCCCUUCCAGAAAGAGUCCCUGCUGGGCAUGGUGUCAAAUCCCACAGAGGUGUUUUGCUCCGUACCAGGCCGUCUUUCCUUGCUGAGCUCCACAUCCAAGUACAAGGUUACUGUGGCUGAAGUCCAGAGACGUUUGUCACCCCCAGAAUGCCUCAACGCAUCGCUCCUGGGUGGCGUUCUACGCAGAGCCAAGUCAAAAAAUGGAGGCCGUUCUCUGAGAGAAAAGCUGGACAAAAUUGGGCUUAACCUGCCUGCAGGAAGAAGGAAGGCAGCUAAUGUCACUCUACUUACCUCACUAGUAGAAGGUGAAGCUGUUCAUUUAGCAAGAGACUUUGGUUAUGUGUGUGAGACCGAAUUCCCUGCAAAGGCAAUUGCUGAAUACCUGGGUAGGCCACAUGUGGAGCGGAAUGAGGUUAACUCGCGCAAGAACAUGCUCCUUGCUGCCAAGCAAAUCUGCAAAGAGUUUACCGAUCUGCUCACUCAGGACCGCUCACCUUUGGGCAACGCUAGGCCCGCUCCCAUUCUGGAACCUGGAAUCCAAGGCUGCCUGACUCACUUCAGUCUCAUCACUCAUGGCUUUGGCUCUCCAGCCAUCUGUGCUGCCAUGACCUCGCUUCAGAACUACCUGAACGAAGCGCUCAAACAAGUGGACAAGAUGUACCUGAGCUCUGGUAGCGACACCCAGGGAUCCUCAGACAGUGGAAGUAAAUCUACUGACAAAAUGGACAAGCACAGGAAAUGAGAGCUUAAAGGAGAAUCCCUAUGAACUUGAGAUUCCCAGAGUCCCUUAAUCUUGCUGCCCUGACUUCCCUUUUGGACCUUUUUAAAAAAUCAAUAUUUGGUAUUGUCUUUUUGAGAGCUGCAUUUGUGUGUGAAUGUGUGUGCUCACACUGUAAAUUUAUAGUUUGACAGGUUGGGGAUUUUUAACAGCCUGUCACAGCAGGCUACAAAUCAGUUACUGUUGGCAUGUGUGUUGAAUGCUCUGGAUUGGUCCUAAUGGGAGUCCGCUCUGUGAAAGAGUAAAGCCCUUUUCAGACAUGGCAUGUGUGGCUUCUUCUGUCUGCUAAAGCAACAGGAUUGUCAUUUAGUGAUAGUUCACUUCUAUAUUAAUGUUUGUCUUGCCUUUAUUCACACAAACCAGGAAGAGGAGAGCAGCAAGGCAUAUGUUAUUUUUCAGUCCUGCCAUUAUGAACUGGUAAGGUUUGUGCAUUCAGUUCUCUCUACAUUUGCCACGGACAGCAGGGUCUGUGUGAUGCAUGCAAGUCGGGGAGAAAAGGAAAAAAGUAUACCUUUAUGUUCAUAUUGCUGUUUAGCACAGUUGCUAUUUGUCAUAAGCUAGUGAAACUACAGCCAUGACUUUUACAGAGAAGUUACCAGGGUGUGCAUUCAUACACCAAAGUAAUGCGAUAAAAUACUGUUAAAUUCCUAGCAAGGAGUACAUGCCUAAAAAGGGGAUUAAUACAUGCCGCAUCAUGCUAACCACUAUGCAUUUACAUACAGUUGCUAGUGGCCUACUGCUAUAACCACAGGGCCUGCAUUUUGUCGAAGAAGAAGAGGGGAAACAAAAUGCAUUCUGUGACUAUUUUUCCACCUCCCUUGUCUUUCUCUUUUUUUUUCCUCAUCUUCCCUAGAGGACAUCAUUUCAAGAUGACUUUCUGUGGCUGUGAAUUCCUCUCAGUUUUCUCCAUCCUGCUCAGUCUGGGGGCAAAUCCACUUAUUUCCUGUGUCUCAAUUGACUUGCAAAGGACAGUUAUGUGUGAGAGAAAAUCUACUUAGUUUUCUUUAUUUUUGUGCUUUAGUUGUACCAUUAAUUCAGAAUGGAUCCAGUGUUAUUGUGUUUUUGUUCAUGGGAGUUGAUUUGAAGCUUUGAAGCUAGAUGAGAAAAGACAGUUGGUUUUCUCAUCUCAGCCUGUGCUCUUUCAGAAACCAAAAACUUUAAAGUGCCCCCACUAUGCCAAUUUAGAGGCUCAUUAUUUUAUUUUUGUGGUUGUAUACUGCUACAGCACAUCUCUUCACCCUCUGAAACACUCAGUAUUAGCGGCUGCAUUAGGUUUUAGUUGACUGCUUUUUCUUUUUUUUUUUUUUUUUUUUUUUUUUUGACUGCAUGCCAAACUAGCUGCUAGGUGUGCAUUAUGGCACCAUGUUACAUAGUGAUGUAAAUAACAAAAAGAAAAGUCUGGACUUCAAAUUAUGCAUUUCAAGCAGUUUAGCAGCACUGUUUUUUGCAGGAGAGAAUAACUCGCUUUGAUGUGGACUUUGCAAACCCUUUUUCUCAUGUGCAAAAAUGAUUUUACAGACUACAUGAGAGAUAAAAUCCCAGAAUGCAUAGCAGGGGCACUUUGAAUUUGCUAUGACAGAAGCCUCCUCAGUGUUUGUGGAUUACCGGCGUUGCCAUGGAUCCAUUGUUACUCAGUCUUACAACACAUACAGUACAUAGUCGUGAGAAUUUUUGUUUGUUUGCUUUUACUUAUUAAUUUUUUGUGAACAAGUUAUUCAUUAAAACAACAUCCAAAUUGACACUAAGCUACCAACAAGCUCACUUCUGCCAGGUUGUGUGUUGGUUGUGAGAAUGCGUGCGUAAAUGUAAAUAUUUCUUUUAAAAAAUGUUUUUAGAAAUUAAAUUCCAAGCAUAGAAUUUUAUCCAGUGUCUUGUCCUGGAUGUAAAUAUUUUCUAAUUUAUGUUGUAAUUUAAUGGGCUUGUGUAAAUAAUGGUAUCAGUUUGGUGCAUAGCUUAACUUUUUAUGACGAUGUGUUAAACUUUUGUAAAUCAGUUAGGUUUUUUUUUUUUUUAUAAACUAGACUUUAGAAAGUGGGGAUGAUAUACAUUUUUGAAAAUAUGUUUAAAAAAAAAAAUGCUGUUUUAAAGUUUCAGGAAAAAAAAUAAAUGACAGCCUCAAGCCUGAUUUAGUGAGUCAGUAAUGUUGCCUAGGCCACGCACUUACUUUUUUUUCUUAAUGGAUAGCACUUUUGUUCUGUAGCCUCUUUUUUUCAGCAA